AUGGGCGUUUUGGGACUUACGCCUUUCCUUCAAAAAACAAUCCCAAAAGCAAUCAAUCUUCUUCCAAAAAGACUCAAAAAUUUGGCUGGAAAAACAAUAGUUUUCGAUGGAACGCUAAUCACUCAACGUCUUCACUUCGCUCAACUUCCUCACCCGUAUCGACACGUACUGGGCUGGUAUAGAAUCAUUAAAGAGCUCGAUCAUCAUAAUGUACAUGCUAUCUGUGUUUUUGAUGGAAAGGACCGUAUCAGAGCCAAAGCUAGAGAGGCUCUACGCAGGAAGCAAGCUCGACGUCUGGCAAAUGCCCGUCAGAUAAUUGAAAGAGAACGAUUGAAGCGUCUCGUUCAAGUCAGAUCUGUUCUCAGCAAAGUGGACUGGAACGACUCCGCCCAGCGCACACGACUAGCAGAGACCCUCAAAAUAAUCACUUUAGAAAAGCCCAGUAUGAGACCUUUUGAGGAUCCCAUUGAUGAUGAUUCCCUGUGGUUGGAUCACUCUGAUCCCGUUGUCCAAAGCAGUUUCACCGACGUCAGUCUACCAUCUGAUGAGGACGUUUUAACCAGUUUCUGGGUCACCGACCAUACCUAUAUCGACAUUGACGAGCAAGAGUUGAAUUCAAUACUGCAAGACAUAACCAACACUUCCGAGGUCCCUCCAAGCUCACGAGUAACCACACCCCAACCAACCCCGCCACCCGACACCUAUUCCAGCAUACUAGUCUCAUUAUACACCGAAUACCGUAAUAGCAUCUCAAAACUCACCUCCGUCUCUCGUGCUUCUCCCAUCGAUGAUACUGAAUCAGACAAAUCGGAAGAAUAUGAAAUGUCCAAAACUCAACACCAGCUUACCCGAGAAGAAGGGGAUUUUUGGGACGCGGUCGCAUUCUCCCCUCCUCUAACACUUCUUCCUACGCCUACUGCCACGCCCACUCCAGAUAUCCUCCUCACUACUCUGACAAAAAAAAGUGACCUCCUAUCCGAAUCUUACAAACGUAGAGCGCACCCACCCACUCCUAAACAUUACACUCAAGUGAAAGAGUUGAUUAGAGCCAUGGGUGUACCGUGUAUCGAUUCAAAAGGUCCCUUCGAAGCUGAAGCUUUAGCUUCGUCUAUUGUGUUGAACGGGUUUGCGGACUAUGUUGCUAGUGAGGAUACGGACGUCCUCAUCUACGGAGCUCCGCUCCUUCGAAACAUCUCCAAUCGCCGGGAACCUCUCCUUUCCUUUGCCCCCGGUACAGAGAUCCAACAUCUCCUCGGCUUAUCUUCUAGAGACAUGUUGAUCGAUUUUGCGCUCCUACUCGGUACGGAUUUCACGAGGAGGAUCAAAAAUGUAGGUCCUAGUCGUGCGCUCAAGUUGAUUCGGACGUAUCAGUCUAUUGAGAAGGUUUUGGAGUCGGAAGAGAUGGAGAAAUUUAAGGAGAAGCAUCCAAUCGCUGUAUUGGAAAAUAAGGACGCACAUCUGGAGUAUUUGGAAGAAGUAGACGCGGGGAGGAAGGUUUUUAAAACUAUACCUCCUGUCCCAAAUUCGUUGGCGAUGGGAGCUCCGGCUCAUAGAGAUGAAGAGAAAAUUGUGAAUUUGAUGGGUAAGUAUGGGUUGUCCAGUGAGCUGGAGGGAUAUGGGCCGUCUCACUCUUUGUUGAAAGGAGAUUAUUUUGGGGAUAAUCCCAAUAAUGAUGAUGCCGUUGUUGGGUUUUGA